CGGCCCAUUGGCUCGCAGGUCCACCGGGCGCCUCCGCCCACACGCCCAUUCCGCAGAACUGGCCAGGCUGAGGCGCUGCUCCCCGAGCGCGGGAUCGGAGACGUGGCUCCCGGGCGGAAGAACCAUGUUGGACUUCGCGAUCUUCGCCGUUACCUUCCUGCUGGCGUUGGUGGCAGCGGUGCUCUACCUCUACCCGGCUUCUAGACAAGCUGCAGGAAUUCCGGGGAUUACUCCAACUGAAGAAAAGGAUGGUAAUCUUCCAGAUAUUGUGAACAGUGGAAGUUUGCACGAGUUCCUGGUUAAUUUGCAUGAGAGAUAUGGGCCUGUGGUCUCUUUCUGGUUUGGCAGGCGCCUUGUGGUUAGUUUGGGCACCGUUGAUGUACUAAAGCAGCAUAUCAACCCCAAUAAGACAUCGGACCCUUUUGAAACCAUGCUUAAGUCAUUAUUAAGGUAUCAAUCUAGUGGUGCAAAUGUGAGUGAAAACCACACAAGGAAAAAAUUAUAUGAAAGUGGUGUGACUAAUUCUCUGCAGAGUAAUUUUGCUCUCCUGCUGAAGCUUUCAGAAGAAUUAUUAGAUAAAUGGCUCUCCUACCCAGAGUCCCAGCAUGUACCCCUCAGCCAGCAUAUGCUUGGUUUUGCUAUGAAGUCUGUUACACAGAUGGUAAUGGGUAGUACAUUUGAAGAUGACCAGGAAGUCAUUCACUUCCAGAAGAAUCAUGGCACGCCCUUAGACAACUGGAAUCUAUUUAAAGAAAAUCAUAAAAGAACGAAAAGGAGGAAACUUCGGUCAACAUAUUUCAUUGACUCCUUAGUACAUGGGAACCUUAAUGACCAACAGAUCCUUGAAGACAGUAUGAUAUUUUCUCUGGCCAGUUGUGUAAUAACUGCAAAAUUGUGCACCUGGGCAAUCUGUUUUUUAACCACCUCUGAAGAGGUUCAGAAAAAACUUUAUGAAGAGAUAGACCAAGUUUUGGGGAAGGAUCCUAUUACUCCAGAGAAAAUCGAGCAGCUCAGAUAUUGUCGGCAAGUACUUUGUGAAACUGUUCGGACUGCCAAACUGACCCCAGUUUCUGCCCGCCUUCAAGAUGUUGAAGGAAAGAUUGACAAAUUUAUUAUUCCUAGAGAGACCCUUGUUCUUUAUGCUCUUGGUGUGGUACUUCAGGAUUCCAGUACUUGGCCAUCACCACACAAAUUUGAUCCAGACCGGUUUGAUGAUGAAUCGAUGAUGAAAACUUUCUCCUUGCUUGGAUUCUCAGGCGCACAGGAAUGCCCAGAGUUGAGGUUUGCAUAUAUGGUGACCACAGUACUUCUGAGUGUAUUGGUGAGGAGGCUGCACCUACUUUCUGUGGAGGGACAACUUAUUGAAACCAAGUAUGAACUGGUAACAUCACCCAAGGAAGAAGCUUGGAUCACUGUCUCAAAGAGAUAUUAAAAUUUUAUACAUUUAACUUUCUUGAGGAUAUUGAUGGUUUAAAAAGUCUGUAUUGAAUCCUUUUAUAAAUCAAGUAAUACUAUGGAAUAUAAAUACCUACUAGUACUUCAUUAUGUAAAUUUGGGUUUUUGCAUGUCAGACUUUCUUAAUGCAUUAAAUACAUUCAUACUUAUUG